UGGGAAGAAAUAGGUGAGGUGGAUGAAAAUUAUGCCCCGAUCCACACGUACCAGGUGUGCCGAGUGAUGGAGCAGAGUCAGAACAACUGGCUGCUGACCAGCUGGAUCUCCAACGAAGGGGCCUCGAGAAUCUUCAUUGAACUGAAAUUCACUCUUAGGGACUGCAACAGCCUUCCCGGGGGCCUUGGGACUUGCAAAGAGACCUUUAACAUGUACUACUUUGAGUCAGACGAUGAAGACGGGAGGAACGUGAAAGAAAACCAGUACAGCAAAAUCGACACCAUCGCGGCGGACGAGAGUUUUACGGAGCUGGACCUCGGCGAUCGAGUCAUGAAGCUGAACACGGAAGUGCGAGACGUCGGGCCCCUGACCAAGAAGGGCUUCUACCUUGCCUUCCAGGACGUGGGCGCUUGCAUUGCCCUGGUCUCCGUGCGGGUGUAUUACAAAAAGUGCCCUGUGGUGGUCCAGAACCUGGCAGUCUUUCCAAACACCGUCACCGGAGCGGAUUCUUCGCAGCUGCUGGAGGUUUCGGGGUCUUGUAUAAACCACUCCGUGACCGAUGAACCCCCCAGGAUGCAUUGCAGCGCCGAAGGGGAAUGGCUGGUUCCGAUCGGCAAAUGCUUGUGUGAGGCGGGGUAUGAAGAGAAGGACAACAUCUGUCAGGCAUGCCAACCAGGAUUCUUUAAGGACUCCCCCCAGAGUCCGACGUGCACAAAAUGCCCCCCGCACAGUUACACUCGGGAAGAAGCAUCAACCUCCUGUGUGUGUGAAGAGAACUAUUACCGAAAGGAAACUGAUCCGCCCACAAUGGCCUGCACAAGACCGCCCUCUGCUCCCCGGAGCGCCAUCUCAAAUGUUAACGAGACUAGUGUCUUUCUGGAAUGGAUUCCUCCUGCUGAUACUGGUGGAAGGAAAGACGUGUCUUAUUAUAUUGCAUGCAAGAAGUGCAGCUGGCACUCGGGGCAAUGUGAGGCAUGUGGCGGUCAUGUCAGGUACCUUCCGCAACAGAACGGCCUGAGAAACACCUCGGUCAUGAUGGCAGACCUCCUCGCUCACACAAACUAUACCUUUGAAAUUGAGGCCCUGAACGGCGUGUCCAGCCAGAGUCCAGCUGCGCGGCAGUUUGUGUCGGUCAAUGUAACCACAAACCAGGCAGCUCCAUCUCCCAUCACAAAUGUAAAAAAGGGGAAAGUCAGCAAAAACAGCAUCUCGCUUUCCUGGCAGGAGCCAGACCGACCCAACGGCAUCAUCCUGGAGUAUGAAAUCAAGUAUUUUGAAAAGGACCAAGAGACCAGCUAUACCAUCAUAAAAUCCAAGGAAACCACCGUGACUGCCGACGGCUUGAAACCAGCUUCAGCAUAUGUCUUCCAGAUCCGAGCACGCACCGCAGCAGGGUAUGGGGGUUUCAGCCGAAGAUUUGAGUUCGAAACCAGCCCAGUGUCAGUGGCUGCCUCCAGCGAUCAGAGCCAGAUCCCUAUAAUUGCUGUGUCUGUUACAGUGGGAGUGAUGCUGUUGGCGGUGGUUAUUGGUUUCCUUCUCAGCGGAAGGCGGUGCGGUUAUAGCAAAGCUAAGCAAGACCCGGAAGAGGAAAAGAUGCAUUUUCAUAAUGGCCACAUUAAAUUGCCCGGAGUCAGGACAUAUAUCGACCCACAUACUUAUGAGGACCCCAGUCAAGCUGUCCAUGAAUUUGCCAAGGAGAUAGAAGCAUCGUGUAUAUCAAUUGAAAGAGUGAUUGGAGCUGGUGAAUUUGGGGAAGUGUGCAGUGGGCGUUUGAAAGUGCCCGGGAAGAAGGAGCUGCCGGUGGCCAUUAAAACCCUGAAAGUGGGCUACACCGAGAAGCAAAGGCGAGAUUUUCUGGGAGAAGCCAGUAUAAUGGGCCAGUUUGAUCACCCCAACAUCAUUCAUUUGGAAGGCGUCAUUACAAAGAGUAAACCUGUCAUGAUUGUGACUGAAUACAUGGAAAAUGGAUCUUUGGACACUUUCCUAAAGAAGAACGACGGGCAGUUCACUGUCAUCCACCUGGUGGGAAUGCUGCGAGGGAUUGCAUCUGGGAUGAAGUACCUGUCUGACAUGGGCUACGUACACAGAGAUUUGGCUGCCAGAAAUAUCCUAAUCAACAGUAACUUGGUGUGUAAAGUGUCUGACUUCGGCUUGUCCAGAGUUCUGGAAGAUGAUCCUGAAGCUGCCUACACAACCAGAGGAGGGAAAAUCCCAAUCCGAUGGACAGCUCCAGAAGCCAUAGCCUUCCGAAAAUUCACCUCUGCCAGUGAUGUCUGGAGCUAUGGGAUUGUGAUGUGGGAAGUGGUGUCCUAUGGGGAGAGACCUUACUGGGAGAUGACUAAUCAAGAUGUGAUUAAAGCUGUCGAAGAAGGGUAUCGUCUGCCAAGUCCUAUGGACUGCCCUGCUGCCCUCUACCAACUCAUGCUGGAUUGCUGGCAGAAGGACCGGAACAGCAGGCCCAAGUUUGACGAGAUCGUCUGCAUGUUGGAUAAACUCAUCCGGAACCCCAGCAGCCUGAAGACACUGGUGAACGCAUCGAGCAGAGUGUCCAGUUUAUUAGGUGAACACAGCCCUCUGGGAAAUGGUGUCUACAGAUCUGUAGGUGACUGGCUGGAAGCCAUCAAAAUGGGACGGUACACAGAAAUUUUUAUGGAAAAUGGAUACAGUUCCAUGGACGCUGUGGCUCAGGUUAACUUGGAGGAUUUGAGGCGGCUCGGAAUCACACUUGUUGGGCACCAGAGGAAGAUAAUGAACAGCCUUCAAGAAAUUAAGGUCCAGUUGGUGAAUGGGAUGGUUCCCUUGUAACUCACGCCCUUGUUUUUAGUGCCACUUCUUCAGGUGAUCAGCUCUGCACUUUGUAAACUUAGCCCUGAAAUUUAUUUUAUAGAAGAGCG